GCUCUCAGGCUUCUCUCUGCUCAUGUCUUCCACAAGAUUCAUGAAAUAUAGCGAAAUAUUCAGCAUGACGGUGAUGACGGUUUUGUCCUGAAUAUCUUCGAUUGUCCUCGAUCAAUUCGAUGACAGGGGGGGUUUAAGGUAUUUUUAAUCAAGAUUGCAAUCAUUCAUUGAUGCAACAAAGUGUAUAAUUAUUCGCGAUUGGGCGCCAGUAAUCGCACUAUCGAAAUUUCAGUUUCGUUUCGGGUAGAUUCUUUUUGUGGAUUAGGGAACUUUUUAUAUAUAUAUUUUUUUCCUUUCACGGUUUCAAAUUGUGCAAAAAUCAGAAGAAUCUCGGUUAUUGUUCUGCGUUGAGCGUUGGAGAAAAAACUUCUUCCACUGUGGAUAUGUUAUCAGUCGCGUGCCGCUCUUUGUCUCAAGGAUCUCUCGUGUAACUAACCUCGCAUCCUUUAAGAUAUGAGUCACAGAGCUAAGAAAAUCUUUAAAUAGAUUAAAGACUCUUUAAACACCAUUAAAAAAAAGGUAUGAGUAAUGCGUCGCGACAAUUGUUAAAACCACCCAGUCUGAAAUCAGAAGUUACUUAUAAUUGCAAUUACUCGGGUAAGUUUGUAUAAUGGCGAGCGAUUUGUCGAGCGGUUGCACGGAGACGAUUGACAUUCUCGACGACGAGAAAGAAGAAGGCGAGAUUUCGUUGGAAGACGUCAGUUCGUCCGAGGAAGGCGGAGUGGGUCACUUGACUAGCAGCUACGUCAUCAGCAGGAGGCGAUCAUGUGCCAGCUGCAAGUCGACGUGGGGCGAGUGCGCGUCUUGGUGUACCGCGGCGUACCGCUCUAAGAGUCAAAGCAAAAGAGAUCCACUUAAAGGAAAGGAAAACCGCCGUCGUAUCAAAGAGGCUGGAUGUGCAAUAACGAAACACGUGUCGACGUUACAAGAAAAAAUCGACGACCUAGUGCCAAUCUCGAGUGACAGCGAUAUGGAAAUUGUUGGUCUCACCGAUACGUCCAAUCGAUCAAAGCCCAAAGUAAAAAAGAAAAGGAAAAAGGAUUACGAUGUCCUUACGUCGUCUAUCGACGAUUUAAUUUCUCCAACCUCUGUAGAUUUGCCUAUAAUGGACUCUGCUGCGCUGAAAACGCAUUAUAGGGAAUCAAGUCCGGUUCACAGAAGCGCCAGAUCGAGAGUAAUUUCGAAAUCACCGGUGCGAAGAUACAGAUCUCCCGUGAGAGCUCGAUCGCCCGUUUAUCGAUCCUCUCAUUCUCCAUUGAACUAUUCAAAAUCACCGAUAGUGCGGAGAUCUCCGCGGAGGCUCAGGUCGCCGAAACAGAGUUCACCGUAUCGCUCGUCUGUGAGAACAAUCUCGAGGAAACCACCAAGACCAGACUCACCGCCGUCCACUCGUUUCCACACCGACAGACAUGGUGAAGUAACACGGUUACUGAAGAAGGUGAAACGUUUAGAUUCCGUAGGUGCCCAUGCAUUAGAAUCGAACGUCAGUCGAAGUAAGGAGCAUCAGUCUUCGUCGUUGAAAGAUAAAAUAUUCAACAUGUUGAAGAAAGUACCCGAGAACAAGGAUGACGUAGCGCAUCUCAAGAAGAAAUCAAAAGUUAAAAGCGACGCUGAUGACGAGGAAGAUCUGGCGUUACUCAGGCAGAAGGCAUUGGAGACGAAGCAGAAGAAGCCCAGCAAAUUGGAUUGCCCGGCGGAAUCGGAGAAGAAGCAAGUCGCGAAGGACGAUGACCAGGACGUGGAGGCCCUGCAUUUGCGUAUGAUCGCACUUCGCUCGGCAGUCAUGAAGAAACACCAGGAGAGAGUUCAACGUGGCAUCAGAGCAAUCAAGAGAAGAUCCAUUCGCAGCGAGAGUCCAUUCAGUCAGAGUUUCCUCGAUGAUAUACCUGUACCCGGGGACGAGCUGCUGAAGCUUGCGUCACCCCCGGGCACGCCUCCGGAUACACCAGACUUGGACAGCGAUCAUACAGAGGACAUGGAGCUUGAUACAGAUAUCGAGAGGGAAAAGGAAAAAUUGCCGUAUUCGCCAACCGAUAGAAUCACGUCGGAAAUGCCGGUGGACACGGCGUUGCUCGGCAUCGAGCCGUCCGACGUGUCGUUCAUCAACGUAAAUGAAACGAACAGUCCGGUUUUCGACGACGAAGAAAAGCGGAACGAGCAAAUGUCGCUGUCGACCGGCGUCCCACCGUAUUACAAUAAUACUUACUUGCUUCACAGUUACGAACUUCCGCAGAACUGUGCGUACUCACCGUCGCAGCCUAACAUUUUCCACUCGGACCUGAACAAUGUCCAGAACCAGCUCAGGGAUUAUCAUAGCGACAAUGUCGAGUGCGAUUUGUUGGACGGUAUUUGUUGCCAGAGCGGAAGCUAUUUUAAUACGAAUACCGUGCCGAUGCGGUCCGAGGAGUCCGAUGCGGCGCUUGCUCUUCCAGCGACCAGUGAUACUUUGGCUUCUUGCAAUCUUCCAAAUGACGAUCCUUUACAAGUGAAACAGAGAUCUAACAAUGGCGUUCUGCUUGUGAAUAUGUCCUCGAUACUCGGAGAUAAGUAUUCUUAUGAAAGGCGAAUGAAUUCCGAAUAUUCUGGCAUAGAUACUGCGGGAACGUUUACUGAGCCGGUAUCGCCGAACGGGUCGAUGGUAACGAUCGAUGAUAUUGCCGAGACGGAAGGAGAAUUGAAUUUUGCUGAUGACGAUAGAAACUCGUCUACUGGAAACAUUCCAAAAGAAGUGACGCCGUGUCAAGUGAAAAAUGGAACGACUUUGGAAGCGAACAAGGAGGAGCCUCUGUACAUGCAGGGUGUUCCUGAUGUCACCGACCACUCAAAUAAGAUACCUACGUUGAUCAACAGAACACUGGUUCCUGCGUCGAUCUUAAAAUCGAAUAAGAAGCUUCAGCAACUACGGUUACCGAAGAAGCGCGAGGUGCAUCCGACUUUCAAGAGCGCCGAGAUGCAACCAGUGAUUGUGGAUACGAAUGCCAAGUGCGACAGCACGUUCAAACCUAUAAAAUUGCAAACGCCGAAAAAACCUACGCCUGUGCUAACGGCGCCCACGAUAUUCCACAAUCUUAAUGAAAAUUCGGAGAAUGACACGUUGGAAAAUCGAGAUAACGCUCCAUCAUCGAAAACUGAAACGACUUCCAUUGAUAAUGCAUUGAUAGUGCCGGAUAAUGACGCCGCUUCGACACGUAAAAAGCGGAAACAUAUCAAAAAGAACACGCAAAAGAAGCGCAAGAGUGUCAGCUCUGCACAAUCGCUUGCAGAGAAACGAGCUAACUCGUGUCGAACAAACGAAGGUAUAAAUAUAGAUGUAAAUACUGUGAUCACUUCGAAACAACAAACUACCGAGCAAAACAAGAAUAACGAUGAAAACAGGGCACAAUCGUUUGUCGACAACAGAGAAUCCUCCAACUUGCAAAAUGCUAGGUCCCCAAGUACCCAAGAAUCCUUGUCAGAUAAUUCCAAUAGUGUUACAGUGGAAAACAAAAAUUCAAAUAAGAACGAUCGAAAUAUGUCCUCAGAAAAGGAAGAAAGGACAAAGCAAGCAGUGUUGUCAACACCUACCAAAUGUUUGGAAGAGAUAAACACGAAAUCUUAUCCGCAUACAAAUAUUGUAUCUAAUAAUCUUCUCGACUCUGGUACACUUAAUACUAGCGAAACAGCAAAAGACAACGCUACUAGAAGAGAGAGCAUCGACGAAGACGAGGAUGAGCUGCGAGCUAGCUUGCUAGCUUCGUUGAAACGACCAAAAACAACGGACACGAAUAGUAAUAGUAAUUCAGCCGCAUCAGUUGCUACAGUUCAGACAACUACACAAAAAAUGUUGGCAACUGCACCAGUGACAGCUAACAUAACUUGUACGACGGGCAGUAGUAAUGCUCCGCUAGUGUCAAAAUUAAAUUCAUCUGAAGUUGGUGAGAGAAAUACUGUUGUAACAGCGAUCAGUGAUCACAAGAAAAGAGUCAGUAGCGGGACGACAACGAACCUACCUACGAAGAAGAUGAAAAAAAUACCUAUUCCAGCAAGUACGAAAGUAGUAAACAAUGCUAAAAAGUAUCAGAACAUGAUAGUGCAAAGAAAGUUAAAUUUACGAAAGCUGGACAAUGCGUGCAACAGCGCGAAACCAAGCGAGAACGUAUGGUCUAACGUUAUUAACGCGUCGAAAACGUUGCACGCAUCCGACACUCGGCGAUUUGUGAUAAAUCUGGGCUCGGACACGGACAGCGAGUCCGAGACUGAAAAGUGUCAAUCUGUCGUAUCCGCAGUGGAGAAGCCUCAACCGGAGGUGAGCGUCGACUUCGAGAAGAGCGUACAAAAGUUCCUGCGUGACAUGAGAAAGGAACAAGAGCAAUCCGUGGCCGUGGCCGUGGCCGUGGUCAAGUCCGCCUCGUCAACCCCGCAGGUUCCCGUUUUGUCGCCCCCGGCAAAACGGGACGCGCCACCAACGACACAAACGGAUCCGAAUAAGGGUUCAUCUAAUAUGCACACACCAUUGGCCGUGAGACAUCUUCCCGCGUCGCAGCAAGAAGAAUACCAUCGUUUAAAGCAGCAGAUCUUGGAGCGCGAAAAAUUAAAGUUGCAAAGAAAAAUCGCGGAUAACGGUAGUAGUAGUAAUAAAUUACUGGAUAAAGGGGCAGUGAGUUUGCCGGCGAAAUCUCUGCCACCGGGCGAGAAGAAAAGCAUGAAUGUUAAACAGUCGAGUCAAGUGAAGUCGAGAGAAUUGGAGGGAGAUUCCCAAAAAUUGCCGAGCCAGAUCAAAAAGAAAAAUAUCAAUGUGGCAACGAGUACAUCGGUAUUAAAUGUACCUCGCAUAUCCGCUAGCAAACAUCACUCGGCGAAUGUCGCUAAGCACACCUUGGCCAGUUCCACGCAGGCUAAUCUGCAGAUCAAGGGAAUUAAGAGAACCAUAUCGAACAAUCUCAGUAUUCGAAUUACCAACGAGAUCGCUCCGAAUCACGCGAGUACAGGGAACAGAACGGCUGACAAUUUAAUCGAGAAGCAAUCCACGAACGACAAGCAACAGCACAGACCUGCUCUGAGGGCAUUAUCCAAAGAAGAAAUAAAUCGCAAACACGUUCAAAUACAGGUAAAGUCGGACACAAUCGGACGGGUCGUUACCAUAAACGACAAACCAUCCUUGCAACACGAUACGACGAAUGGCAAUCAAAGUGAGAAGCCAAUCGAUAAUCACGAUGUCAGCGUUGAGAUACUGGAAGAAAGAAGCAAGAACAACGAGAAUAACAACAACAGCACCUCGUUCUCCAACAACUCUACGAUAAUACUUGCAAAUGGGCGCGCGAAUGCGAGCAAGCAAGAGCUUGGAGAUGCUUCGAUGGAAACCACAAUGUCGCGUUCUCAAUACGAAGCGGAAAUGAAUCGUAAUAUUUCGUCAUUACCACCUGCAGAAAAUAGUGAUAGUAACAACGCUUCUCGUUGUAAGUCUGAUGUUGACGAUAAUAAAAGUAAUACGGAUGAUGUUUGGGAUCUACUUAAAAGGAACGUUAAAGUGGAAUUGGAUUCUCUGGUAAAUCUUUCGGAGGCAGAACAACAACGAUAUUUGAGAGAUACCGAACACAAAUUAGUCGCAAAACGGUAUACUGUAUUAGAUCAUUUAGCGGAGAUGUCAGGGAAUCUUCGUCAGUGGGAUAUGGAAAAGGAUCUGCAAAACAGUUUAGCUGCCGAAGUGAAGAAACUCAAGGAACAAUUGAAGAUGGCCGAAGAAAGGUUACAAGUACAACGCAAUCGUGUCAGCGGCAUGGGUCCAAAGGUGUCGGUUGCGCGGCAGAAGAUUAAUGCCGGACGUCGCGAGUGUUUCAGAUUAUCGAAGAUUUGUUCAACCCUAGGUAACCGACUCAUGGGAAAAAGUUACAAGUUGCCGGAGGCGGGGGGUCAACUUUUGAGUGAUAAGCUGAAAGAAGUCGCUAAUCAUACUCGCCAGUUUUCUAAGAAGAAGCGAAUUCAGUCUAGUGAUGCGUCUGAAAGUUCUGGUUCAUCGGAAAAUGCAGAAUUGUCUACAAUCACGCGCGCUAAAGAGGAUUUGUCGUCGCAAGAGCAGCUAAGGAGUGACACUGAUGCAGCUGAUACGGUCGAUGUGGCGGGAUCAAAGAGCAAUACUGCUUGUUUAAAACCGUCUAACGACAGUGACAACUUCUUAACGUUGGAACCCUCGUUAGAUAGUCCGCAAAUAAUUCCAAAUCAAAUAACGAAAGCCAAGAAAAAAGAUGCGCUAGUGAAUGUAUCGGAGUCUCGUGACAAUGAACAAAUUACACCUCCUAAUCAACAUAACAUAUUGCUUUCUGUACCAAAGCUAACUAGCACUCCUAUAAGACCAAAUAGUGAACAUGAAAUAGAAAAAAGCACAGAUAUUUCUGAUCCCGCCACGUCUUCAUCGCCAAAAUCGUUAGCGACAAAUCUGUUUUCAUGUAAAGACGAUGAACAACGAAAUGAUAAGGAAACGUCAUCGCAGCCGUCAACUACAGUAGCGAACGCAACGACGACGACGACGACGACGACGACGACGAUGACGACGAUGACGACAACGGGAAUGACGCAGACGAGGACGAUUACACCUUAUAUAUCGAUACUAACGCAUUUAAAGACACCAAGGAAUACGAAUCCCCAUGGAAUUCUUUGUCCCUACGAAAUAAUGGGCAUUUGCAGAGAUGAAGAUUGCCAAUUCAUUCAUCAGUCAAAGAACGAAACUUGAAACAGCAAUACAUUACCACUGAACGUACUCAACAUAACAUACGUAAGGUGGUUCUGAUUUCUCAACAUUAAACAACAUCAAUGUGGGUCGCUUAAUAGCGCUUUGUCAACAUCGAUCAGACAUGUUACAAGUUCGCGUAUUAUAUAAUAUUUAGCGUAUUUAGUUUAUUAUUAUGCAUUUAAUAUUUAUAUAUAUUUAGAAACAAAAUCAUGUGUAUAUAAAAUAUAUAUGUGUAUAUAUAUAUAUAUAUUUUUUUUAGAUAGAGAGGAGAAAUUAUCAAGUUUUAACGUAAAAUAUUAAAAUACGUAAGAUUUUGUUUUCAACGUGAUUUUGUUACUUAGUUGUUAGUAAGUACUUGUUAGUUGAUUGUUAUCGCGACAGAUUAGUGACACACAUAACGAAAAUACGUUUUAACCAUCUCCUUCAAGCAAAUGUCUUUGUUUUUGCAUUUGCAGGGAAAUUACCAGGGAAUACAUACAAAUACAUAUAUAUAUAGAUAUAUAUAUAUCUCUCUGGAAUCACGUUUUUAUAUGAGCAGAGGCAACACCUGAAGAUGGUAAGUCUUCAUCCAUGGCAGGCUUGUGCACAAUUCUGAAAUUAUCAUUUUAUUUUGUAAAAAGUCGUAUGCAUAUUACGUGGAAGAUCCUUUUUUCAAAACUCGUGUUACUGCGAACGUCGACGCUACUACGUGCGCGUGAGAAAGGAGGAGCUUUAAGCGGUAUUCUAUCAAGAGUUCAAAGAAAAUUUCUACGAGUGUAUAUUUUUUAUAAUUGUAAGAAAAAAAAGUGUCAUAAACUGCAAGCAAUUAGUGUGGUAAGGAUAGAAGAAAAGUUUGUUGACCACACUAAGAAGAACUAAGACUUGAAAGAAGAUAGUUCAGCAAUUCAUGGAUCGCCAUUGGACAUUUCCAUCAGUUGCUUUUUCUUCGUACUUCGAUAUAAGUUACCUCAUAUUAAUAUAUAUCUUGUACCUGUAAAAUAAAAAUUGAAUAUUUUUUUCA